UUUUUCCUCCAAUUUUUCUUUUCGAUACAUGUGGUUGUGUCGUACGUGUCUACGAAACACAACCCAUGAGGAAUAGUGUAGUUUUUUAAUUCAAAUAAAUUAAAAAACCCCAAAAAAAAUAUAAAAUAUAUUAAAUUAACUAAAAAAAAAAGGAAAAAUCACAUAAAACAUAAAAAAAAUUUCUUAUUAUUUAUCCCCUUACAAAAUCCGUAAAUAAGUGAAACGCGCUUUUUGUAAUUAUUUUUCCCACGUCGACAGACACUCGUUUCUAUACAUCAAGAUGGCUUCGUUAUACGUUGGUGACUUACAUUCGGACGUGACCGAAGCUAUGCUGUUCGAAAAAUUCAGCACGGUCGGUGCUGUCCUGUCCAUUCGCGUUUGUCGCGACAUGAUUACCAGGAGAUCGCUGGGAUACGCCUAUGUCAACUUUCAAAACAUGGCGGACGCUGAACGUGCUUUGGAUACUAUGAACUUUGAUAUACUUAAAGGGCGUCCAAUGAGAAUUAUGUGGUCUCAAAGAGAUCCAUCUCUAAGAAAAUCUGGUGUUGGUAAUGUGUUUAUUAAAAACUUGGAUAGAAGUAUUGAUAAUAAAGCCAUGUAUGAUACAUUUUCUGCUUUUGGAAAUAUACUGAGUUGUAAGGUUGCUCAAGAUGAAACUGGCCAAUCAAAGGGCUAUGGUUUUGUUCACUUUGAAAUGGAACAGUCUGCUACUCAAUCCAUUGAGAAAGUAAAUGGUAUGUUGCUCAAUGGGAAAAAAGUAUUCGUAGGUCGAUUUGUUGGCAGAAAAGAUCGGGAAAAGGAAUUGGGUCAAAAAGCUAAACUUUACACUAAUGUUUACAUUAAAAAUUUGGAUGAAAAUGUGACUGAUAAAGAGUUGUUUGAGAUGUUUGAAAAAUAUGGAACAAUAACUAGUUUCAAGGUUAUGUUCAGAGAAGAUGGAAGUUCAAGAGGUUUUGGAUUUGUUGCAUUUGAAGAUCCAGAAGAAGCUGAAAAAGCUGUAACAGAAUUACAUGGUAAAGAAAGCCCAGAAGGAAAGACUUAUUAUGUUGGUCGUGCUCAAAAGAAGGCUGAACGUCAACAAGAAUUAAAACGAAAAUUUGAACAAUACAAAAUUGAGCGUAUGAACAGAUACCAAGGAGUUAAUUUGUAUGUGAAAAAUUUGGAUGACACAAUUGAUGAUGAACGUUUACGCAAAGAAUUCAGUGUCUUUGGAACUAUUACCAGUGCUAAGGUGGUGAUGAUGGAUGAUGGUCGCAGUAAAGGCUUCGGUUUCGUAUGUUUCUCAUCUCCAGAAGAAGCUACUAAAGCAGUUACUGAUAUGAAUGGUCGCAUUGUUGGUACAAAACCUUUAUAUGUUGCAUUAGCUCAACGUAAAGAAGACCGUAAAGCUCAUUUAGAUUCUCAAUACUUACAACGUAAUACAAAUAUGAGAAUGCAGUCUAUUGGUCCACUCUACCAACCAGGUGGUUCAAGUGGUUACUUCGUACCCACCAUUCCUCAGCCACAGCGUUUCUACGGACCUACUCAAAUGACUCAAAUUCGUCCUCAACCAAGGUGGGCUUCUCAACCUCAAGUUAGAGCUGGAGCUCCUCAAGCUGCAGCAGCAGGUUAUCCAAAUAUGGCCACUCAAUACCGAAACAUUGGAGCUCGUGCUCCUGUACCUGCAGGUCAACAAGCUGCUUUGGCUAGGAAUACCAUGGUUGAUAGAAAUGCUAGGCCUAUUAGCACAGCCCAACAAAUGCCAGGUGCUGUUCCAGCUGGAGGAGUGCGUGUUUCUGGAGCACGUGGUACAGGCUCUGGGUAUAAAUAUACAGCUAAUAUGCGUAAUCCACCUGGUCAAGCCCAAGGUAUGGGACAAGCUCAACCAGGUCAACCACCUGCACCAGUGCAAGCUGCUGUACAUGUACAUGGACAAGAACCUCUUACUGCAACUAUGUUGGCUACUGCUAAACCAGAAGAUCAAAAACAAAUGUUGGGAGAGAGACUUUUCCCUCUUAUUCAGCGUAUGUAUCCGGAUUUGACUGGUAAAAUUACUGGUAUGUUGUUGGAAAUUGAUAAUUCCGACUUGCUCCAUAUGUUGGAACAUCAUGAAUCUCUAAAGAACAAAGUUGAAGAAGCAGUUGCUGUGCUUCAAGCACACCAAGCACAACAGACUGUGAAGAAAGAAUAAUUUCAAAUGUGCCCUUAACAUUUUUUUUUUCAUUUUGCCCUUUACAUUAUAUUCUAAACAGAUUAGUUUCAAAUUUUUUUUCCAAUUAAUAUAUAUUCAAAAUGGGAGUAUUAAAAAUUGAGCGCAUUAAAAAAAUAAAAA